GAUGCAAGAAGUAUUAUGCUGUUAUGCUUGAUCAUGUUCAAUUCUCAUUAUGGAAAGAAGUGAACCUACAUUUGUUCCAGAGUGGCUGAGAAUUUCUGGAAGUCUCUCUGGGAGUGGGAAUUCAGCUCAACAAUCUGCAUCGUCUAGUUCUAACACCGAUGGUACUUCUCAAUCUCAAUGCUCGAGGAGUAGAACUUCAAAGAGCAUUAGCGAUAUGGAUAAACCACACUUUGAAUUCUUGGAUCGGUCAUCUUCAUCAAGCUCAAGGAGGAGUUCUAGUAAUGGGUCUGGAAAGAAUGCUUACAGUAGUUUUAAUAGGAAUCAUCAUGAUAGUGACCGUGAGAAGGAGAAAGAACC